CCCUGGGAACCGAAAAUCCCGGAAAAGUUGGAAAGCUAUUUCACGACGGAAGUGGGAACCAAAGCCCGGGGAUGGGCCAUCGUCUUCUACCACGAACAGUUCGACGCGAACCUUCACCUCCCUCCGCGCAAGGAAGCGCAGAAGGACGUGGAGAACCUGACGCGGGUGCUCAAGGACAGGGGGUUCCUCGUCAAGGCGUUCAAGGACUUCAAAUAUGAGCGCAUCAAGGAAAAAUUGCACGAGAUCGCUCAUUCGCCCGAACUCGCGGAUCACGAUUGCCUCAUCGUGUGCUUCCUGUCUCACGGGAGGGAAGGAGGCCGCCUCUACGCCCAGGAUGAUUACUUCGAAGAGAGUCGGCUGUGGGUGCCGUUUUAUGGGGAUGAAUGCAGAGACCUAGCGGGAAAACCGAAGCUGUUCUUCAUUCAGGCAUGUAGGGGAGCGUGUUUCGACGAAGGUGUGAUUGGAAAGAUAUUCAUUGACGGUGAUGACUCGCCCGAUCAUCACGGCAAAAAAGCAGAUGACGAUGAAUAUCACCUCCCAACCCAUGCUAACAUUCUCGUUGCUCACACCACUUACGAGGGGCAUGUCGCGUUCAAAAACGUGGACAUGGGAUCGUACUUCAUCUACACCUUGUGCCAGGUCUUGGAGAAGCAUUCCGAGACUCUGGACGUGAUGAGAAUGCUCACAAUUGUCGCAGGGGUCAUGGCCGAGGGCUUCAAAUCGAGGAGUUUGGACCCAAGGAAACACAAAAAGAAGCAAAUGCCGACCAUUCGAAGUACGCUCAUAAGAGAAGUCUACCUCAAGCCGAAACCACAAACUUGACCCUUUUUUCCAAAAUGCUGUUCAAUGUUAUAGAUACAUAAGCCAUCCCUUACAAUGUUUUCGACAUUAAUGAAUUAAAAUUGCUUCCAAUUUUUUAUAUUGAAAUUCCGUUCAUG